GGGUGUGGGAGCCUGGAUGCCUGAGUUCUCUGCAGUCAGGCUUGAGGGGGGUGGGGAGGGGUUUCAAUGCUCAGGGUAACAGGUUCAGGCCCAGAAACAUGCAGGCACCACAAAAGGGCCGUCAGGAUGGCUCAGAGUGUGACAGAUGGAUGGACAGGGGGUGGGGGUGGAGCUUGGCUCCAUAGUGCUCCUCACUCCCGACCCACAGCCCCUACCCACCCACUGAACCCAUGGGGGGCUGCGGUUUGGGAGUGAGGGGCACCACAGGUUGGGGGUAGGGGCUGUGGGUCAGGAGUGAAAGCAGAGCAGUUUUUGGUGCCGAUGGGGUUAAUGCUGCCCCCAGAGAACUCAGGCAUCCGGGUGCCCGGGACAAAGCACCUUUGAUGCAGCCCCCCAGGGCCCUCCCCCCCAAAACGUGGGGGCGGCUGGAGGGGGGAGGGGCUGGUGGCUCCAGCUGGGUCUGUGGGUCAGGAGUGAGGGGCACUGUAAUAACAGCCCCAUCUCCCCACAAUGUCCCUCAGUGCUGACCAGCAGCCCCCACAUGACCUGCAGUUCCCCUCAUUCCUGACUUGCAGCCCCUCCAGCCCUAUGGUGUCCCUUGCUCCUGACCUGCAGCUUCCCCCCCCCCAUUUCCGGGGUCCUCCUCGUGCCAGCAUCCCAUAAUGGGUCCUUGAGCCGGGUGUUGCUGAGGGAACAGAGGGGCAUUGAUGGGGCAGGGUGGGGAAAAGACAGGGCCCCAUUCACAGGGAUGUCCCUCCCCCGCCCUCAGCCAGACGCCUGGGUUCCCUCCUCGCAGUGGGGAGCACCCGGCUCUGGCCUGGGUUCUCUGGGAGGGGAAUGGGGGUUGGGGGGGUGAGAGCAGGUGGGGCUGGCAUCAGGGACGGCUGGGUUCUCUAGAGACUCAGAGCAGGCUGGGCUGAAUGCCCAGAUGCCUGGGUUCCCUCCCCACCUCAGGGCUUCCCCUCACCAGGUGAGUGGUGUCUGGUGGCUUAGAACAAGGACCCAGAUGUCUGGGUUCUCUAGUUUGGGAAGGCUGGGGGGCAGGGUCUGGAGGCAGCCUGGACACCUGGGUUCUCUUGGAGAAGAGGAGGGGCUAGAGCAUAGAGGGCUGGGAGUGAGAGCAGGGGGAGCUGGGAGCUUGGACACUUGAGUUCUUUGCCUGGUGCCUUUGUCUGUCAGGCAGCCCCUCCUUGGGGUAAGGGGAGUGGGGGAGGGGCAGGCGUGUCAGGGCUCCUGGGGCACCUGAGCCCUUGUGGAGGGUGGAGUAGGGGGCAGGGCUUCCUCUCACCAGGCAACCUCCUCAGCACCUGGAAGCCACAGGUCUUGGCCAUGACCUUCCCAUGGCCUGUUCUGCCCCUGCUGCUUCUGCUGCUGCCCCCCCUUCCGGGGGAACCCUUCCCACUUCCCACUUUUGCUCCCCCAAACGCUUCCUUCCAGCACCUGCUGGUGGCUUCCACGGGUGACGUGUAUGUGGGUGCCACCAAUGCCAUCCACCGCCUGGGCCCUGGCCUGGCCCCACUGGCCACAGCCACCACAGAGAAUCCCCCCAAUCUCCCCAACCCCAACCGCCUGCUUCUUGAGACCCCCAGUGGGCACCUGCUGACUUGUGGGCAACGUCACCAUGGCCUGUGCCAGGCCCGGGCCUUGGCCGACCCUCAGCAUGUCCUCGCCACUCCUCCAGACCCUGGCGAGGGACAUUUAAUUGCUGCCCCAGAUGCUGGGGUCCCCACCGUGGCUGUGGCUCAUGGAACCUUCCUCUGGGUGGCUCGGGGGAGUUCCGGGACCCGCCUUGUGCCUCCCCUCACUGUCCGGCACCUUGAGGGCCCCCAUGCUUUCUCUGGUGAGGGGCUGGGGCGCCUCGUGGUGGGAGACCCUGGGGAUUAUGGGCUGCACUACGUCCUGGCCGCGCCAACUGGCACCCAUGCCUACUUCCUUCUUACCCGUCGUGGGGGCCCCAGCGAACCUGAGCCUCGGACCUAUGCUGCCCGGGCCUGCCUGGCAGACCCCCAGCUCUACUCCUAUGUAGAGGUGCCCCUGGACUGCCAGGCUGGGGCCUAUCCUGUGGCCCGAGCGGGUGCCUUGAGGCCUGGCCAGCACGGAGCACUAUUCGUGGUAGCAGAUGCAGGGGCUGGGCUACUCUCAGCCCUAUGCGUCUUCCCACUGGAGGUGCUGGAGGCCGAGGCCGAGGCCACACGCCAGGCCUGCUACAGCCACGGUGGGGGGGUAGGCAUUGACCCUCCCCGUGCCGCCAUCGCCUAUGGGGUCACGUCUCACUGCACCCAUCUGCCCCAGGAGUCAUCAGAGCUGUACCCGUGUGGGGAUGAGCACACGCCCUCCCCCAUUGUCAGCCUGGUGCCCAUCCAGGCCCCGGCCCUAGUCACAGAGCUGCCACAGCUCACAGCCGUCGUGGCCACAGAAGAGGCUGGGAACACCAUCAUCUUCCUUGGAGAUGCCUUUGGGCAGCUGCACAAGGUGUUCAUUGAGGCCUCAAGGGGCUCUGUGUACAGCACUGUGCGUCUCAGCCAGCACAGCCCCAUCAGCCCCGACCUGCUACUGGACAAGACUGGGACCUAUCUCUAUGCCAUGACUGAAUCCCAGGUCACCCGGCUCCCAGUCAGCAAAUGUCCCCAGUUCCCAGACUGCACCUCCUGCCUUGGUGUCCGGGACCCCUUCUGCGGCUGGUGUGUCUUACAGGGCCGGUGCAGGCGGAAGCUAGAGUGUGUGCACCAUGAGGGAGCCAAUCAGUGGCUGUGGAGCUAUGGGGAAGGCAGCCAGUGCCUGCAGGUGGAGAGUGUGAUGCCAGCCAAUCAGAGCCGUGGAGAGCCUGCUGAGGUGAUGCUGCAGGUGCCCCAGCUCCCUUUGCUGGCUGAGGGCAAGAGCUACCACUGUGCCUUUGGGAGCCAGGCCCGCCCAGCCACUCGCCAGGACUCCUGGGUCCGCUGCUUGGCGCUCAGCCCUGACCAGGUCCCACCCAGCCCAGAAGGCAAAGAUCAUGUGACUGUGGAGUUGUCUGUGAUGUUUGAGGAUGUGUUGGUGGUAGCAGUGGGAUUUGCCUUCUAUGACUGCAGCGCUGUUGCCCUCCUGGCCCCCAAUGCACCAUGCACUGCCUGUGUGAGCAGCCCCUGGGGGUGUCACUGGUGCCCCCGGAGUCAUUGCUGUAUCACAGGGGGUUCCUGCCCCACAGGGGAGGUCACCAUCUACAACCAGAACGCAUCUGUGGGGGGCCCCCGGGGCUCCCAGGUCUGCCCCCGCUUGGGGGUGGUCAAGGGAUCGCCCCUGGUGCCCGUGGGGGUCGAGGUGACCCUUGACUUGGAAGCUCACAACCUGAAUUUGCUGGGGGUCCCAUUGCCACGGCUACGCUGUGUGCUAGAGGUCGGACGGGGGCUGGUGGAAGUGGAGGCCUCCCCAGGGGGCCCCUAUAGGCUCCAGUGUGGCCCCCAUGCCUAUGACUUUGGUGCAUCAGCUCCCCAGCUCCGAGCCCCCGUGUAUGUCACUGUGGGGGAGAGGUGGCACCUGGACGCUCCCUCUGGCUUACAUGUGAUGCUGUAUGAUUGCUCUGUGGGCCGGCCUGACUGCAGCCGGUGCCGUGCGGCCUCUCCUGCUCUAGGAUGCCAGUGGUGCCCUCCUGGCUGCCAGCACCACCGCCUCUGCCCCCCGGGGGGUGCCCCACCUUCCUGCCCUGCCCCCUUUAUACAUCAGGUGCACCCCUUGAGUGGCCCCCCUGAGGGUGGGCUGCUGCUGACCAUUGCUGGCUCUGACCUGGGCCAACGCUUCGAGGACGUGGCUGGCACUGUCCGCGUGGCCGGGAGGCCCUGCCUGCCUGACCCUGCCCGCUACCGCCUGGCUGCCCAGAUUGUGUGCCAAGUACCCCCAGCUGAAGGUGGGGUCUCAGGGCCUGUGGAGGUGGCUGUUGGGGACCAGCCCCCUGGGGUCUCCAUCCAGCAUUUCACCUAUCAGGACCCCCAGCUGUGGGAGCUGCACCCCCGGAUUGGACCCGUGGCUGGAGGCACGCAGGUCACUGUGACAGGGGAGGAGCUGGCCACAGGCCCCGAUGUUGCUGUCUUCCUAGGGGACCUACCUUGUUCCCUUGUGGAGCCCCCAGCCCCAGGGACCCUGGUGUGCCUCACCACAGGGGGGACCCUGGGAGAAGCCCCUCUGCGGGUGCAGUUUGGCAAAGUUCUGCGGCAUCUCACAGGGGGGGGUGGCUUCCACUAUGCGCCGAAUCCCAACAUUACCUGGGCUUGGCCCCGCUCUAGCUUCUGUGGGGGUGGGCGCAUCAUCCAGGCCGCAGGUACCAACCUGGAUGUGCCACAGCAGCCACGGCUGGUCGCUGUGCUGGAACUCCCCACCACCAGCACCCUGCCACCUGGUCGCUGCAAGAAGGGGUGCCCUGGAGUCCUUCCAGAUGCCUCGGAGCCCUGCACUCUGGUGGGCAGCCUGUUAGAGUGUGGCACUACCUGCUCUGCAGCCUCCCCAGCACUGUUGCUGUGCCCAUCACCGGCGGUGCCCCCUCACACCCGCCUGCGGGAGCUGCUCUUUCAGCUGGAUGGGCUGCACAUGCCUUUCACUGGCCCAGGGGGUGGCCCCUUCACCUACGCCCCUGACCCCCAGCUGCACUGGCCCCUGGGCGCCCCCCCUGUCCUCAAGCCUGGCAUGCUGCUGCACCUUGAGGGUGAGGGGCUGACGCUAGGCACAUCCAAGGAAGAGGUAGUGGCACGGGUGGGAGCAGGGCUCUGUGUUGUCAAGACCCUCACACCCACUCACCUGUACUGUGAGCCGCCCCCAGCACCACCUGGUUCCCUGCAACCUGCCCCCUUCGUCGUGGAGAUGGGACAUGUGCAGGUGGUGCUGGGCCCAGUGCACUACGAGGCAGAGCCACCCCCCGGCCUGCCCCCUGGUGCCCAGGCUGGGCUGGGGGUAGGUGCCACUGCCCUGGUUCUCGUGGUUGUCCUCCUUAUUCUCAUGUACAGGCGGAAGAGCAAGCAGGCACUGCAGGAGUACAAGAAGGUGCUGGUGCAACUGGAGAACCUGGAAGUCAGUGUGGGCGACCAGUGCCGCAAGGAGUUCACUGAUCUGAUGACGGAGAUGACAGACCUUGGGGGGCAGCUGGAGGCGGCUGGGAUCCCCUUCCUGGACUAUGGGGCCUAUGCCCUGCAUGCCUUUUUCCCGGGGCCUGGCGGGGGCCCAGGGGCACGGCCUCCCCACCAUGAGGGGCGCAGCCCUGCCCUGGAGCAGGGCUUGGCCCAACUGUCUGGCCUGCUUAACAAUCGCACCUUCCUCCUCACCCUGGUGCACACGCUGGAGGCGCAGGCCUCGCUAUCACGCCGGGAGCGGCUGCGGGCAGCUUCGCUGCUGGGGCUGGGGCUGGGCGGGCGCCUGGAGCUGCUCACGGAUGUACUGGCUGUGCUGCUGGGUGAGCUGGUGCAGCGCCAGGCCCAGCGCCCACCCCGCCUCCUUCUGCGCAGGACAGAGACAAUGGUAGAGAAGCUGCUGACGGAUUGGCUGUCUGUCUGCCUCUACCCCUACUUGCGGGAGGUGGCAGGGGAGCCACUGUACUUGCUGUACCGGGCCAUCCGGUGGCAGGUGGAUGAGGGGCCAGUGGAUGCAGUGACAGGGCGGGCACGGCGCACCCUCAGUGAGGCCUGGCUGCUGCGGGAGGACGUGGGUUCCCGACCACUCACCCUGCGGGUGCUGCCCCCUCCCACUAACCCCCCUGGCCUCACCCCUGCUCGUGUCUUGGACACUGACACAGUGGGCCAAGCCAAGGAAAAGAUCCUGGAGCAGCUCUACAAAGGGCUGCCCCAUGCCCAGCGGCCCCCUGCCCACAGCCUAGACCUUGAGUGGCGCUCAGGUGUGGCCGGGCACCUCACGCUAUCGGACCUGGAUGUCACCUCUGUCACCCACAACCAAUGGAAGCGGCUCAACACCCUGCAGCACUAUAAGGUGCCAGACGGGGCGACGGUGGCACUGAUCCCACGGCUACACAACAACUCCCCCACAGAGUCAUGCCAGAGCCCCCUCUCAGGGGACAAUGCACUGACACUGGAAGAUGGUGAGGAGGGGGGUAUCCACCUCUGGCACCUAGAGAAGCCCGCAGAGGAGCCGGAGGGGCCUGGGCAGGUGGCACGACAUGGGAGUCGGGAACGGGACGGGGCCACGGCUAUCCCUGAGAUCUACCUCACCCGCCUACUCUCUACCAAGGGCAUGCUUCACCCAUUUGUGGAGGGGGCACUGCGGGUUAUCCUGCCAGUCGGGUGCCCCCCACCCCUGCCUGUCAAGUUCCUCUUUGACCUGCUGGAUGAGCUGGCGGCACGGCAUGGCCUGGCUGAGCCUGACACCCUGCGCAGCUGGAAGAACAACAGUCUGCUGCUGCGGUUCUGGGUGCGGGUUGUGCGUGACCCACGGAUGCUGCUGGACGUGCGUGUCCCGCCAAGCGUCGAUGCGAGUCUCGGGGUCGUGGCCCAGACACUUAUGGAUGCCUGCACUGCUCCUGCCCAGCACCAAGUGGGACGGGACUCCCCUGUGAACAAGCUGCUCUAUGCCCGUGAGAUUCCACGGUAUCGAGAGCUCGUGGACAGGUACUAUGCCGAGGUUCGCCAGGCUCCGCCAGUCACGUACCAGGAGAUGAACGCAGCACUGACCAAGAUGUCUCAGCUGUCGGUGGAUCUGGACUGCUCGGGGGCGCUGCUAGAGCUGUACGAGUACGUGCGCCCGUGCCACGACCAGCUGGUGGCAGCGCUGGAGGCGGAGCCGGCGGGGCAGAAGCAGCAGCUGGGGGCGCGGCUGCAGCAGGCGGCCGCGCUGCUGGACAACAAGGUCACGGACCUAUGAGCCCGCCCCUAGUGCCUGAUGUUACCGGGCAGCCCCUCCCCCUCGGGGGUGUCUACCCCACACUAACCCGGGGCGGCGAGCCGAGCCCCCCCAGCCGGGGAUGGGGGUGCUAUAUGACAUAGAAUAAAGAAUACUCCUGAUUGGACCCAGCGGCUGCGACUCGUCCAUUAGGGAAAGGUGGGGGGGAUCAUGGAAGUGGGGGGCGGGGCUGAAGGGGAGAUUGCCCUUGAUUAUGGGGGUUCCCCCACGUAAUAUGGGGAGGGCUGUUCCCUCCUCUCUCCCUCCACCCGAAACGUGGGCGGGGGUGUUUUAUGAGGGACUAGCCCCGCCCGCCUGCGUUCGCCAUGCCCAUCACCCCUAACCCCGCCCUCAUUUCAGUACCCCUCCUCCCCGCCUAUCCCGGGCCGGUCUUCGCUGUUUCCCUCCCCAUGGUGGGGGCGGCGCAUGCGUAGACUCUCGGGACGGCCCCAGCGGAACGUGGGGGGGGGUACCAUGAGCAGCAAGAAGGGUAAGCGUGGGGGAGAGGGAAGCAGAAGGUGGGGCGGGGGGGGUCACCCCAGCUUGGGACCCCCCCAAACCUGCCCCUGCCCCCCCCAGGUGCAGGCAGCGCCCAGGGCAAGAAGGGGAAGAAGCGGCACAAGAAGGAAAAGGGGGCAAAGGGGGCAGCGCUCCCAGGACUCUGCUGCAUCCCGGUCCUUGUUGUAUACAGCAAUGCUCAGACUCGGCUGCAUUGAGAAACCCGUUAUACUCACCUAGACAAGCUCGAGACCCAGCUUCCCUGAAAGGUCCCUGUUAUAUCCAGUCCAGUCACACCCCAGACUCAGCAGCAUCCAGGAGCCAGCACCAAAGCCGCGUGGCACCACUCCACCCUGGGCCCCACCCCUCCCAUGCCUGGUGGGGGCAGGGCCUCUGGGCUCAGAUGAUGAGGAACAGGAGGACCCCGCAGAC